AUGUCUGAGUCGAACUGUUGCACAAGAAGGCCAUGCGAUUUGAAGAAGACGGUGAUACUGGUGGGGGUGGACAACAGCAAGGAAAGCUUUUAUUCGCUGGAAUGGACAGUGGACCAUCUGCUCACCCCUACUUUAUUCAACAAUCAGCAGGACAUCCCCUUCAAGCUCAUCCUCCUCCACGUCAAGAACUUUGCCGGCCCCGGCCUCAGCUGUGAACUUGUUGAGGCCGAUCACAAGAGGACUGCAUCAGUCGUCGCCGACAAGGCGAUGGAGUUUUGCAGAGACAGAUCGAUUUCUGAAUAUGAAAUCGAGGUAUUGGAAGGGGACGCUAGGAAUAAGCUGUGUGAGGCUGUUGACAAGUACCAUGCUCACAUGCUUGUUGUGGGCAGUCAUGGCUAUGGUGCCUUCAAAAGGGCUAUCCUUGGGAGUGUGAGCGACUAUUGUGCGCAUCAUGCUCAUUGCAGUGUGUUGAUUGUGAAGAAACCCAAGAACAGGCAGAACAGGCACUGAUAUGAUAUCCA